GUUCUUGACAUGUGAGUUAAAGUCAUCCAACCCUUGGGCCCCAUGGUGAUUAGGCCCACUGGGCCAACACGAACACGGCCCAUUCACCUUCACCCAAACUCCCUUUCAUUGGUGAACACUGAACAGUCGCGCUAAUCAUACUCUUGCAGAAGCAAAAGGUUCUCUCUUCUCUUUAGCGAAGCCAUGGCCAAUGAAGCUUUAACAGCACGAAACCCAGAUGGGGUUCACACCGAUGUGCUCUCUAGUGCAAGACAAGCUUGCUAUAAGGCACGAGACGCAUUCUAUGCUUGUUUGGAGAAAGAAUCAGAUAAGAAACAGACUGAAAUUGCGUCCAAGGGUCUGUUAUACCCAGCACAGUGCAAACCCGCCAGGGAUCAGUUCGUCAAUAACUGCCGUGCUUCUUGGGUGAAGCAUUUUGAUGCGCUGCACUGCAAGAACAGAAGUUUGAAGAGGCUUUUGGAUGAUAAAGAAUCGAGGAGAGGGGUUUAAGGUGUUCACUUGGCCCCUCCAGGCGGAAGGAAUCAUCCGGGCCAGUUACUGGCUGCAUGCUAAAUUCAUUAUUCAAUCGGAGCAAGAGACGUAUAACAGAUUUAAGGCUUGAAGGGAUGUUACUGUCGUCUCUAAAUUACGUUGGAGUAAGAAACUAAUUGGAAACAACAACAAUUUUGAUUUGAUUAGAUAUGUUUCUUGUACAAUUAAUGGAUGAAAAACUAAAUUUUGUCGUUGAUGCACUU